UUUAGUUGGUUUUACUUGGAUAUGACCACCUGAGUAUUCUGUGAAGAUGAUAUAGAAAGUGUGGAUUGUCUGCUUUUUCCACACUGAAUCACUGCAGGCUUUCUGGAAUCACAGGAGGAGUUGGUUACAGUCCAACAGGAUUCAAUAAAACAGUAUGGAAUAUGUUUUGGGGCUUUGGUAUCAGGACUCUUUUUUUCUUUAUGAACUUUUUUUUAAUGCUUAUGCUUUUUUCAUGUUAAUUAAUAUUUUUAAUAUUUAUUGUAUUUGAUAUGUCUCUUGAUAUGUCUCCUAAACACUCAGCCUUUGUAUAAUUUAUUUUUGUUUGGUGGAUAAGCGCCUCAUCUGUUCGUAUUGCUAUUGUUCAUUAAUAAAAUUGGGUGGAAAAGUUCUCUUGUACGACGUGUGUUGAAUUUCAGGACUUCUCUCUAUUGAUCUGGUAUUUUCAUGCGGUCAGUUUUCACAGCGACACUUCAGGACAACAAAGGUACUGCAAGUUUAAUGCAGUUAAAAAACAAAAAAAGACACCCCCCACCAAAAAAAAAAACAAAAGACAAAAACAAAACUAUUCGCCGUGAAUUUACAAUAGAUCUUUGUGGGAAAACGAAUCGGUAAAAAUCCAGCUUUUAUGUAUGACACACCACAGACAGUAGUUUACACAGGACACACAGUCAUCCUCAUAAUGACUGACAAUAAAAUAAUUAGGACACCUGUACAGGCUAUCCGGGGAAAUUAACGCAAUUUAACAGCAAAUAUUCUAGAUUUUUUUCUUUUUUGUUAUUUUCUUCUGUGAGCAGCUCGUUAUCCUGUUCUGCACAGCAUUCACCCCUGCAGAGUGAAAGUGAAAGUAUCCCGACAAACUUCCUGUGACAAUCGCGCAGCAAGGGGUAUGACCGUGGAGGGCACCGGGGAAGAAUCAUGAGUUUAAUAUUCACGAUAUUUAUUUACUGGUCUCUAAGUGCAGGUGUGUGGAGUGUCCAUCAGAUCCUGUGGCUGCCCUGCUACUUCAUUGAUGAGCGUGUGUUUUUGAAUAAGGACAACCACACAGAGACUCAGCUCAUCCACAGAGAGGCUAUACUUCAGUUUGGUCAGAAAGGAGAUGCUCCUGUUAACCCAAACGCCAUCACUUUCCUGAUCACCAGAUCAAAGUUGGAUCUGCUGCAGUAUGUGGAGGGGGUGGAGGCAGAGCAGCUGAAGUGUGAGCUGCACAGAUACAGCACAGAGGGCGGUUACGUCCGCUGGCCUGUCCUCGGUGCCCAUGAGUACAACCACUGGUUUACCUGCAUCCUCAGACACAGCAGGGGCCUCUUCACCAUCACCAGCUUCCUCAGGCGCCCCUUCGACCAGCCUCCCCCAGGAUGGCCAGACUACCACAAAUGGCCCCCCAUCCCUAACAGAGAGGUACUCACCACCACAGUCGCCAUGGUCAUCAAAACACAGACUCCCUCAGUUAAAGCACGCCUGAAGUUCCAGCAAAAGCUCCACUGCCAGUUUGAUGUCGACCACAAAGGUGCAAAGGUCACUGUGGAGUGGCACAAGCAGCACCACGGUGAGAGGACCAAGCUCUUCAGUUACAACAGGCGCACAGGACAGACCCAAGGAAGUGGUGUUGGACUACGUGCCUUUGCAGCCGGAGAUGCCUCCUACACCCUCGCCUCCACCAUGAUAAGCAGUGAAGGGACCUACAUUUGUUCAGUGUCCGUGAAUCCACUAUUCGGCAGGGUGGAUAUAAAUCUGCAGAUUGAAGAGCCUCCCCAUGUCUCCCUCAAUGUGGGACCCAGUCUCUCACUAGUGGAGGGUAACAAGAGGAAGAUUGUGUGUGGGGCAAACAGCUACUACCCUCGGGAUGUGGAGAUAAUUUGGUACGAGCAGGAUCCAGUCAUGUUGGACGCUCCACAUCCCAGGUCACUGGAGAAUGUCUUCCUUUCCUACCACAAAGAAAAUCGGGACAUGACCUUCUCGUUGUCGGGCUUCUUCUACCUCCAGGCUUCGCUCAGGGACUCUGGGAAAAGGUUCACAUGCAGCGUUUCCCAUCAGUCCCUGAAAGUGCCCAUCACAAAGAGCUUCACCCUGAUUGUGGAAGAGCCAACAAACUGGAUGUUGUACUUCGCUGUGGGCUCUGUUAUGAUCCUGCUGUUGUAUGUGAAGCGGCGCUACCUGCACUCAGCAUGGAGAACGUUAGCGGGUAAGGCGAUAUAAAAACAAACAAACUGGAGGACUGGGAUCAGAGCGAGAGGAUGUGGCCCCAUUCUCAACACACAAGGCUGGCUGGCAAACUGUCCUUUCUGGGGUCCCCAUAGAAACACCAGUGAAAGGUAGAUUUGUGUCGAUGUGUAAACUCCUGCAUGUAUGAAUGUAAAACAGUGCAAUAACAUUAAAACUACUGAAGAUUACGGGUUAGCAGCUGCUGAGCCAGUGGAUUCAGGAGCCAGGACUGAUUCUUCUGAUGCACGAGACACUUUUUGGACUAAACACUGGGGAGACAAGGUUCUAUAUAAAACAGAAUAUUGGAAACUGAAUGUCAGUUUACUAAAUGAAGAUUACUGUAAAAUUAAUAAAUAUAAUAAGGAUGCUGAAAAGAAUGUACGCUGUAGAUUCAGGUUAGUAAACAGGAACAGAAAGAUCUCUUUCAGACUGGAAUGAAAUGCAAACCAAGCUAGUGUACUUCUACUGCUGGUUUAUCAAGGCUGGAUAAACAGGAGGGUUGCAUCAGGAAGGGCAUCCAAUGUAAAAUCUGUGAUAAAUAAAAUAUGCACUACCUUUACUAUAAGCUUUUAUUUAAACACUCAGGUGAAAAAUAAACCAAGUAAGAUGAUGUUUGGAGAGCGCGGGCAAUUCUAGGUUUAAACCUUUUUUUUUGGGGGGGGGGGGGGGGGGGGUUUCAGCUCCCAGUCAUGCAUGCAGUGCCUUUAUUUAUUAGUAAUGGAACAUGCUGUUUGCAAAUGUCAUCAACCUUUUUCACACUUGCAAACCUUAACUCAUUUUGAUUAACAUCACAAUGUCACCUUCAAAAGGAAAUGAGUUCCUCUACGAAUAAUUCAGAGUGAAUUGUGAGAGAUUUCAAUCUAAUCCACCCAUUUUAGCAUGGAUCCAAACGGAGGCAAAGGCUCAGUCAUUAAAGAGGCACUAUUUCAGUUUCUUAAUCACAUAGAGCCAGCUCACUGAGUCACCAAGCACUUAAAGUAGCAUUACAUAGUAUAAACAAUGGAAAAUCCCUGCAUAGACCUUGUACAUGAAGCAAACUUGUAAUAGAGUUGUUUUAUAUGUUUUUGAAUUCAUACAAAUGCUCCCUUUGUUAUGCAGACUCAGCACAAAGCAUCAUGUACCCUAAUUUCACGAGUGGAGAACAGAUUUGUAGUCUGUUCCCUCUGACUCUGUGUGUCUCUCUCCAUAUUCCUGGAAUUGUAUUUGUUGGAAAAUGAUAAAAAUAUAAUCUUAUAAUUACUAUAACAGCAGGUUGGUGUUCCAAAUAAUCAACAACAGUACAACCCACUACUUAGAUACGUGAAAUCAUCAUUAAUAAAUGUGGGUAAAAAAUGAAGCUACAGCUUUAUAAUUUUUGGUGAAUGUGACUACAUGUCCACUCUUACCUGUUUCUUUUUGCUCUCUCUCUUUGCUGUCUUCACCCUACUCCCUCUCUAUCCUCCUCUCUCUCAGUCUUUGUGCCAUCACCCAAAUGUUAAAUGUUGCAGUGAAUAAAAGAUAAACUGAUCCAUAUCAGUUUAUAGCAAUAUUCAAACUGAAUACAGGUUGCUGCUGACAUACAUAGAUAACAACAUUCUGACUUGCUGCCACCUGGAUCUGGAGCUGUACAGUAAACAAACACUGAAGCCCAAUUUGACCAGAAUAGGAAUAGAAAUUUGUAACAAACUAUUAAUAGUAAAGUUCAUCAGCUCCUUGGCUGGCAACUCGCAAUAUCCCAGCACACUAGUGGAUUAAAGGUUAAAAUUAGCUACAUCAGCUAAUGCUUUUGACCCUAUAUAGCAUGCUUGAGCACACCCAAAAAGAGUCUAAACUUGCCUAUCAUGAUGUUAUGAUGGUAUGUCCAAGAGCAGCCUGUAUUCAGAGUUCAUGAUCCCUUUAUAUUAAAAAUCACAAGAAAAAAUUAAGCUGAGCAGAUGAGAAGAAUUCCUCAUAUUUUAUCAGUUUUAGAAAAGACAACAAAAUUCAGUCACAGGUUUAUUGGUAACUGCAAAGAUUUGAAAGAAGAGUCGAAAGAGAAGCACUCUCACUAAUGGAGGGUAACAAGAGGAAGCACUCACGUUUUUUACUCCAGAGUGUUCCCACAUAGCAGACAGGUCUGGCCCGGAUCUGGUGUCUAGCUGCCACUGCUGGCUGACUUCUGGCAUGGUAAGUGGUAUGUCAUCCAGAUAUGGGCCAG